AUCACUUUCUGCAACCCUUGACCAAACAAUGGAGAGUUAGAUAUCAAUAGAAAGUUAGAAAGAGAGGGAAUGGAAGGGCUCGUGCCUUUCCACCUAACCUCGUUCUGGAGCAUCUAUCGGAACUUCAAUCAUCGGUUCUUCUCCUUCCCGUCACUGCCGUCACCAUCUUUUAUUGUUGUCUGUUUCUUUCCCAUAAUGUAAAAGGAUUGGAAUGUAUGGAAGAGGAGAUUCGAAUUUUUUUUGAUUCCCAUCCAUUGAGGUUCUUUGGAGCUUUAUCGAGUUCCUUUGCCCAGGCUUCGUCUGAUCAGGGUUUCAACUUCUUGUAGUUCAUUGGAAUGGCGGAAGUAGGGUGUGCUUCCUGAUAACUGGAGGAGUUGAUGUAUUAACAGUUAUGAGAUUUUCUGUUGUGCGUAGUGCUAACGGUCGGGUUCUAUGCAAUAGAGGGAUUCGAAAAAGUCUGUUUGAUUUGAGAAGGUAAGAUGCCAUCUACUAAUUUUUUGAAGCUGAACCUUGAGCUGCGGUCGGGUUUCCGCAGACUGAUCACAGGGCAACAAGUAGGACUCGCGAGCUCCGUGGAAUUUCUUCUUGGGCAAGGAAAAUUGUCGUAUACGAAUUCUGGGUUGUCUCUUUUCAGACCAAUUUCAACCAUCGCAGAGGGGCAUUUAUUCUUGAGACCUGGUGUGAUUUUUUCUGUGCGAUCAGAUCCUAACAUCGUCAGCCAACGGAGAAACUUAUCAGUUGUUGGAGCUCUUUCACUUACAUUUUCUAUUCCUUCUGUGUUUGGACCAUCUUGUCAGGUUUGUGAGUACCAUAUCAAUCGCCUGUUACCGGACUCCAGCCCUGUUUUGCUAGACAAUCCAAUUCAGCGGACAAUCAUGGCCACCUGUGGCUCUGGAUCGUUAUUGGGUCACCACUGUCUGGAUAACCUAACAUCAAGGAAUGAACCUCUCUCAAACUCCACUAAAAGAGCUGGUGUUUCUUACUGCAAUGGAAGUCUUGACAGUUGCAUAAAAGCUACCAUGAGUUUGAGAAGCCGAGAACCAUCCAACAGUUAUAUGAUGUAUGGGUAUUUCAUUUUUGACGUGGCAAGGAGGAGUUUCAGCUCCAAUUCAUUAGUGGGUCCAGGGUCAAAUUUUUUUUAUAGUUCAUCUUCUGCUUGUUACUGUACUGGGGCUGCUUCUGAGGUAUCAUUUGAUGGCUCAGCUCGUGUAGAACAGCAUCCAAGCUCUGCAGUUUCAUCUGAUCAGAAAAUCCUAGGUGACAGAACCUUAAAGUUGCUUUCAGGAUCAUGUUAUCUACCACAUCCUGAUAAGGAAGAAACUGGUGGGGAGGAUGCUCACUUUAUUUGUGUGGAGGAGCAAGCCAUAGGUGUAGCAGAUGGUGUUGGUGGGUGGGCAGAACUUGGUGUUGAUGCAGGACAGUAUGCGAGGGAACUCAUGUCUAAUUCGGUUACCGCAAUCCUGGAGGAGCCAAAAGGCUCCAUUGACCCUGCAAGGGUUUUGGAGAAAGCUCACUUGAGCACAAAAGCCAAAGGAUCAUCAACUGCAUGCAUCAUAGCACUCACAGAUCAGGGUCUCCACGCCAUUAACCUGGGUGACAGUGGCUUUAUAGUGGUAAGAGAUGGAUGCACUGUCUUCCGUUCUCCUGUACAGCAGCAUGGAUUCAAUUUCACAUAUCAACUAGAGAGCGGAAGUGGUGGUGAUUUGCCUAGCUCUGGUCAGGUGUUCACAAUCCCAGUUGCACCUGGCGAUGUGGUAAUAGCAGGCACCGAUGGACUGUUCGACAACUUGUACAACAAUGAAGUAACUGCGGUGGUAGUCCAUGCCAUGAGAGCUGGGUUGGAGCCUCAGGCGACGGCUCAGAAAAUAGCAGCCUUGGCACGCCAGAGAGCUCAGGACAGAGACAGGCAAACACCAUUCUCCACCGCAGCACAAGACGCUGGCUUUCGCUACUACGGUGGUAAGCUUGAUGACAUCACUGUGGUAGUGUCCUAUAUCAGCAGCAGCUCCAGCUCCACCUCUUCCUCUACCGAUUCAUGAGAUGAGAACCAUCAACUCCUCUCUUGCACUAGAUAGGUAUACCUUUACUUGUACAUUGUAAAUUUUGCCCUUUCUUCAAUUUUUGAAGCUUUGUAA